GCAAAACCAAGACUAACAAAGAAGGUAAAUCGAAAACACAGAGAAAUUAAAGGUGGUGGGAAAUAAUGGAGAAAAAGAGUGUGAAAAUUUGGGUUGUGUUGGGUGUGUUGGUAGCCCUGGCUGGAGCUCAAUGUGGAGAAGCAGACAGUGUUUAUGGGUGCCUAGGAGGAUGUUACAACCAGUGUGUUGUGUUGGCUAGGAAAUCUGGAGCUUCCAGGUAUCCUUGUUACAUAGGAUGCAUCAAUGGCUGUGUUCCUAGGACUGCUGCUGAUUACCAGAACUAUUGCCAAAUUGGGUGCAAUUUGCAGCUUUGCUCCCCAACUCGCUAUGAUGGUGCACAGUUGGAGAAGUGUGUUGGCAGAUGUGGAAACAUAUGUAAUAGGGCUUAGAGAAAUAUAUGAUUGAAUUGGAAAUGAUAUGGUUAUGAUGUAUGUGUAGCUGUUUGAAAAACAUUAUUACUAUUUCGAUCAAAUGAAAUAAUUCCUAUGUUUACUUUACUUUAGAAUAAUAUACAAUAUGAGUUAUAAAAAUGUAUGUUGUAACUAGUGAGUCGCGUGAAAAAAUUACGUGAUGAAACAUGUCAUUUUUGGAUCGUGAUCCAUGCAAUAAAUAUUAUCAUAUAUAGUUAAA